AUGGCAGGAACGCAGCGGGUGCUAGUGCUCUGCCGCCUUUCUACAGCCUCCCGCGCCGACCUCGCCGGCCGCUUCCGCCUCGUCGACUCCUAUGCCUCGCCACUUAAUCUCGAAGCCUUCCUCGCCUCGGUAGCUGCCGAUGACGACCCACCGCGUGUGGCCCUCGUCUCCGGCUGGGGGAACGUCCCCGUUGACGCCGGGUUCCUGGACGCCGUCCCAUCGCUAGAGUGCGUUGUGACUGAUAGCGCGAACGUCAGCCACAUCGACCUCCACGAGUGCGCGCGCCGCGGCGUCGCCGUCGCCAACGCGGCCGGGGUCUACUCGGCCGACGUCGCCGACCACGCCAUCGGCCUCCUCAUAGAAGUGCUCCGGCGCGUAUCGGCGGCCAACGGCGCCCGACGUUCCAUGCUCGGCGGGAAACGUGUCGGCGUCAUUGGCCUCGGUAGCAUCGGAGCGGCCAUCGCAAGGAGGCUCCAGCAGGCGUUCGGCUGCGCCGUGUCCUACAGCUCCCGUCGCCGGAGAGACGAUGUACCCUACCGCUACUUCUCCACCGUCCGCGACCUCGCCGAGCACUCGGACGCGCUCGUCGUCGCGUGCGCGCUGACCACCGAGACCUGGCACAUCGUCGAUGGCGCCGUACUGGACGCCCUGGGGAACAGCGGCGUGCUGGUGAACGUGGCGCGCGGCGGCAACGUUGAUGAGGCGGAGCUGGUGAAGGCGCUCGCGGAAGGAAGGCUCGCCGGCGCCGGGCUAGAUGUGUUGGAGUACGAGCCUAAAGUGCCAGCUGAGCUGAUGGAGAUGGACAACGUGGUUCUCACGCCGCACCAGGCCGCCUUCACACCGGAGUCAGUGGCCGACCUGCACCGCCUCAUCGUCAAUAACCUCGAGGCCUUCUUCGCCCGCCAGCCGCUGCUUACGCCCGUCAUCGCCUCAACAUCCUAG